AUGUCUACACGACUUCUCAAUCCGGACGACGCGGACGAUUCGGACUCAUCGGAUACCUCCACGGAUUCGCCGGUGAAAAUCCCCAAAAGAUCGGCAACAGUUUCGCCAAGCACAAGAAGUCUGCUAAGAGAACAUCGACGGAGACGAUCCGAUUUCAAUCUAGAUGGUGAAAAAGAAAAACGUCGACGAAGUAUGGCCCGUAGCAGUAGGGAACAUAGUGUCGUCCGACGACAUCUGCGUAAGACCAGUAGUGAGCCGAACGUAGAAGGAGUAGGAGUGAUUGACAUCAUUGCUCUCAGCAAACUGCUUAAUUCCAUACCAAAAUUCACCACACCACAACAGGAUGACUCUGAUUCUGGCGGUGAAGACGUAACCACUGAAAUCGAGGAACUACGCGAUGCGGCAAAAUCGAUCCAAUCGCUCCAGCGAGUGCUGAAAAUGCCACAACAUUCUUCUGAUCGAGGAGUUUUCUCUGAUGUCGACGAAUCGUCGAUCGCGGCAGAUUCAAGCGUGGACGGACGAGUUUCCGGUAUAUCCACUCGUCUGGGUCAUCCAAGAGGAGUGAUGCAAUUUCUCCCCUCAAUGGGGAAUGAGAUCUUUAUCGCACCGGCGGACUCGUACAAAAAAGCAUCAUUAUCCAGGAAAACGUCAGCUCCGGAUGCUUUUAUCUCGCUAACAGAUAUUCUCUCAGGCCCGGAACAAGCAAUAAGUCCACGAACCAGACGUCGUGGAGUGGUGGACGAUUUGUUUGGAACGCCAUUGGAUCGAAAAAGUUCCGAAAGUUUAGCUGGAAUCAGUCGUUUCUCGAAACUUCUGCGUAGUUUUCGAUCCGGGCAAAGUUCACCGGAACCGCAUCCAACGAUAUCUUGGCGUCCCUAUGGUUACUCAGAAUCGGCUGGUGAAGAAUGCCGUAUGGAAGAUUCAUUGCUUCAGGCCGACAUACUACUAUGGAAAAAACGAUCACGUGCCAGUCUUAGGAAACAUUACAGUGUAAGAAACUUGGCCGCCCGCGAAUUAUUCGACACAGAAAAGUCAUUUGUGGAAGGGCUUGAGUUUUUGGUUACGAAAUAUAUGCGCCCUCUGAGACAACCCCUCGAGUGCACAUUAAUUGAACCCGGGCUGGCGGAUAAGAUCUUCUACAAGGUACCAGAAGUGCUUGCACAUCAUCAGGUUCUUCUUGCUGCUUUAAGCUCAAGGAUUGAGGAAUGGAAUAAGGACAGCGUUAUCGGCGACGUAUUGUUGGCUCAUUUUGCUAAACAAUCGAUGAUCGAGACCUAUAUAUCAUUCGUGGACAAUUUCAAAUACGCAAAAGGUGCUAUCACACAAGCUCGAGGAAAACCUUCGUUUGAAAAGUAUUAUAACAGAUGCUGCCGAGAUCACAGAAGCAAGCUAGAUUUGGAUUCAUUGCUGAUCUCACCCAUUCAAAGAGUACCUAGGUACGAAUUACUCGUGAAACAGUUGAUCAAGCACACUCCCACCGAACAUCCUGACCAUGAAGUUUUGCUGAGAGCACAACGUCAUAUUCAUAACCUCGCGGUUGCAAUCAAUCAACAUAAGGAGGCAAAUGAACAGAUGGAACAACGACUAAGAGAGAUCGAAGCAAUAGUAGAUGGACUUGAUGACCUCGUCUCUACGGGUAGAAACCUCGUCCGCUACGAUAUGGUGCAGAUGCGAUGUCGUGGCGAUGAGAAACGACAACGAUGCGUGUUUACACUUAGCGAUCAACUCGUACUAACUAGUGUUCGAAGGAAGAAUCCAAUGAAAAACACAAAACUGAUCACUCAGUCAGCUGAUUUUCUGGAUAGUAAUCGAUUUAAACUGAUCAUCAAGAUCUCUCUAGAUGAUGUUGAAAUCGCUAAAGACACGCUCAAGAUGUUGCAAGAAACUGAACAAACAAUCGACGUCGUAAGAGAGGAUGAAAAAGUGAUCCGUAAAGUGAUGGAACUAGCAAAUCUAAUCAAAGGCAACAAAGAAAAGUUAAUAAAUGUACUGGACGAAAUGGACAGUGAGAAUACGCUUCGUCUUCGGUGUUUGAAUGAACAGAUGACAUCGAAUCCCGAUCUCACCACCGUGUAUCUCUCCGUUGCUACUGUGAACGGCAUUGAAACUGUUCCAUUAGAAUUCGGGAACGCUGAGAAACGAGCCGUUUGGGAGAUGGCAUUUCGGGAAACGAAGACAACGCUUAUUAAUCAACAAAUCUCAGCACCACCUGCUCAAUUAAAAUCCGUCAUAGUUCAUCAGACUCGACCAGGCCUCCAGCUCUGUGCCGCAACGGUGGUUCCCGGUAAACGGCCUGAUUCUGCCCCCUUCGUUUGGCUUUGUGCCAGCGACAAGUUCAGUGGACAGGUAGCAGUUGUUUCGCUAGAAAACGGUGAUCCAUGUAUCGAAAGUUGUGCCGGAAUCGGAAAUGCUGCUGUAACAGCCGCCUGUACGGUGCCACCACCGUCAAGGAAACGAAAACGCAAAGUACGAUCCCAGAAAUCGCUGGAUCAUCUCUCCAGGAUUGAGGCGCUGUUUGACAGAAACAGCAGUGGUGACUCUUCCGAAUCAGACGACGACAGCAACACCGGUCAAAUUAGUGUCUGGAUUGGUAAUGACGAUGGCGAAGUGUUCGUCGUGAAUUCAACCGAACGUGUGAGAACUCGAGCUCGGGAACGUGUGGCCAGAUUGACCUACCCGGUCACUGCUAUUGCUGCCGUUGCUGGCUAUGUUUUUGUUGCCACAUCCAGUACUACAAAUGUUCAACUCCUUCGAUUUCAUGCGACUGCAGAACGUUCCUGGGAGUUGGACUCUCCUACCACAAUCAAUCAUUCGCUGACAAAGCCAGUCUUAGCAAUGUGUCAAGUUGGUAGACGUCUGAUUCUUGCGAGUGGACAUCAAAUUCACGCUUUCGAUACAGAAGGAGCUGGAUGGGAGGCACCUGUCGACGUAGUGGUUUCAUCAGACUCCGUCUCCUUAAUGGCAUCAUCCGGAUCUGUUAUUUUUUGUUGUGGCCGAAAGGCCACAAAUAUUCAUGCAGUGGAUGCAUUUUCACUCAAAGUAUUUAAUCAUUUUGGAAUUGCUGCCUGUGUGAGAAAUCAAUUGGCGGGUCGUGAAGAUAUCAUCCGCGAACAUAAAAUGGGUUGCCUUCGGAUAUCCUGCAUCACCGUUGCAACCUCACAGCUAUGGAUCGGCACUUCGGCUGGAUUAGUGAUUUCAACACCAUUGCACUGUGCAAAAACGCAGCAAAAUCCUCCUUUGUCAGUUCGUGAAAUGGGACAUGCUGGACCGUGUCGAGUGCUACUUCCGAUCAAUGUCGCAUUCACAAGAAAAGUCAAACGAAUGUCUCUUAACGUACCUUCGCAACAAGCCUCUCAGUUGCUGGUGGCUAGUUGUGGUGAAGGUCUCGACGAUCGGACAAGUAGUCAAGAUCCAACUAAUGAUGCGAUAAAUCAUUUAAUUUUUUGGAAAUGUUCACAAUUAUGUGAUCCCAGCUAA